CAACUUGUCUUUAAAAAAAAAAAAAAAAAAACAACAAAACAUAAAUAUGGCAAACGAAGUCGAAAUAAACAUGCUUGAUGAGUUUUCAAUGGAUCCUGCAGCUGAUGAAAAUGUUGAUUCCACUGAAUCCGCUCCUACCUCAGAGUCCAAUCUUGUAUCAGAAUCAGGUUAUGGAACCGACAAAGGCCUCACAAAGAGAGAGCUAUCCUCUAGUCAUAUAGUGCUCUCUGACGCUACAUUUCAAAUAUUCCUGUCAAACUUUCUUAAGUAUCACAACUCGGUCAGCUUUCAACGGGAGGUUUUGACUUCAGUCAAUAACAACGACAUGUAUGUGAAUAGACAGAAUAUGCGGCGGAAAUUCGCCAUGAUUGUCCUGAUCUGCCUCGUUCUGGCUUUUAUCCUUUCCUGUGUCCUUAUUUUAACACUCACACGGACAAAAAUACGUCAUGUUGGGAAUUUACGCAAGCAAAAUAGAACAUCUAUAUGGAGUGGUAUUGAUCCAAGACAUUUGUUUUUUAAAGAUAGUGAUUUUACAAUCAAGAAACCAGUAGAAGAUAUGACACUGGGGCAAUUUGUAAAAAUACAUACUGAUUUGAACAAUACAAUGCGGAAAAAUACGUCAUGGAAAUAUGACCAUUAAUAAAAAUACCGGUACUCAGUUGUUAAGAAUGAAUUUCAGUUUUAUUUAAAAGCAGUUAUUAACCAAACUAUAGAUUAAAGUGACGAGAACAGUUACUAUAUAAAUUCAUUUGAAAUGAAUUUCUUUGGGUUUUUUAAACAAAACAGAAAAAGAAAUAUCAAUGAAAAUGUUA